ACUAGAGGGCUCACUUUAUCGAUCAAGGCUGAAGUUCGUUCCUGCCAUAAGCGUAUCAAGAUCUGGAAAUUUCGAGUGAAAAAGUCGCUGUUGGAGCAGGAUAAUAAUACAGAUUAAAUCAUGUCGAGGUACGGCAGAGGAAAAUCCCCUGAUGAUUGCAAAGUGUAUGUGGGAAACUUGCCAUCAGGGGCCAGCCGCUCGGAUCUUGAGGAUGAAUUCAUGAAAUAUGGGCCUGUCAAGAAUGUCUGGGUCGCUAGGAACCCACCAGGUUUUGCCUUUGUUUUUUUCGAAGACCAUCGCGAUGCCGAAGAUGCUAUUUACAAUCUAAAUAACAGAUAUAUUUGUGGAGCAAAGCUUCGGGUGGAGGCCUCCUCGGGGGAAAAAAGGUCUCGAGAUCGUGGUCGAGGUUAUGGUGGUGGCGGUGGUGGUUAUGGUGGACGUCGGAACAUUGAUAAUGAACGAUGCUAUGAGUGUGGACAGAGGGGUCACUUUGCAAGGGACUGCCGGGAGAAGAGAGGAAGAUCUCCAGGUGGUUACAGGGGUAGUAGACGCUACUCAAGAUCUGUUUCUCGUUCUCGAUCUCGUAGUCCCCGUCGUGUUUCCAGAAGCCCUCCCAGAUACAGGACUCGCAGUCGCAGCAGGAGUCGUUCAAGAUCGUAAGAAGUCUGAGUUUGCCUGGACCACCCCCUGGCAGUCUGGCAGAAAUCUGGUAUUACAUGUAUGUAAAAUAUGAAAUGCAAGGAGUUUGUAUCUGUAGGUAGUACAGUAAAUCUGCUUAAGGUCAUAUGAUAUGUCUUUAAUACAGUGAAGUCAAGUUCAGGGCUGCAAAAUAUUACAUCUUAAGUUACCAUCAGCUGUAUUAAAAAAUAAAAAAAAUUGAAAUAUUGUAUAGUUGCAAUCGUCCCAAUAAACGAAAGCUCAACAUUUUUUUUCAAGUGUUUAUCACAUACCUCUUUUUUAAUCACCCCCUCCCCAUGGCUAUGCAAUUUAAAAUAGUUCAGGCUAUAUAGGUUUAAGAUUUUUAAAGAUUGUUGUGUGUGGUAUACAACAAUGAAGAGCUAUAUAUUAACAGUAUCCACUGAACCACCUAAAAUUGUAUCAAGGUGUCCCAGAAAAUACAGAAUGGCUGCUUUUAAUUACCUUGCCCUCAAAAUAAGUUUUGUGUGCAUCGUUGGCUAAAGCAUCUUUUAAUAUUUGAGAGUGGUAAUCAUUGUGAAAUGACAAAAGCACUUGCACUUUUGGGGGUAAAAUAUAUAAUAUUCUUUGUUGUGGUUUUCUUUGACACCUGCUUUAUACUCAGACAUGAUUUCUCAACGCGCCACGCAAAAUGUAGGAAAACUACCAUGUUAAUGGCGUGAUUGUGCAAACUCCUUUCAUUUGUACAUGUUUUGUUUUUUUUUACUUUAGAAAGGAUGCAAGGAAAAGACAAUCAUCCCCAUAGUCAUUACAGUGUAUGAAACUUUUAUAUUCUACCAUGAAAAAAAAAAGAUUGAGGAUUAUGCCCUGUGUUUUAUGGAUGGAAUGUUUCUUGCUUUUCAUUGAACAUUGACAUUACAGUGAUUCCUUCAAACCUUAAGUAAUACUCUGUAAGAGAAAUGGAUAAUUGCAUCAGGUCGGAACAAAAAAUUACAAGAUGUCCGUGUAACGUGGUAACUGGUAAAUCAAUGAAUCAUUUCACAGUGAAGAUCCAUUCAGAUGGCGCUAAGUUCUUAGGUCUCCUACCAUUGUAAUUCUUGUUUGGUCUAGUAAUGUUUUCCGGAUUGGUUAUAGUGCAAAUUAAUUUUAUUACCAUGUUACAUGGACAUCACGUCCAUAUCCCACAUUAGCAAUAGACUGAAGGCUGUAAUUGCAAUACAUUUCUAUGUUUGAGUAGUAAACCUUAGUGAGACACCAUUUUUUUUUUUACUAAGCCUAGUUUGAAUUAGGAACAGAUUUUUAAGUUCUGAUAUAUGACAAAUAUGGACCCAACCCGAUGGAAUGACCCAUAUUCACAACUUGUUUAAAGUGAUGCACUUCUUCUUUUUUUUUUAUCUUGAACAUAUCUACCAGGAUGUAGUAUGCCCUGUUUAUUUUUCAUCAAUUUUGUUUGCAAAAAGAAAAAGAGUAUGUUUCAAUGCUUUUAUUUGAGAAUCAAAGGCCUGCAAAUGCAGCAAUGUUGUUAUGUUGUGUGCCAUGUGCAUCAAGACAUUUGAAUCUUAAAUUUGAAUAGUUUCCAAAUCAUUAUUUUAUUCAACAAUUGCUGAAAUUAUUAUUUCACCAUCUACAUUUACCAAGAUUUAUUAAAAGUGAACUGAUUUUACUAUGUGCUCAUAAUACAAAUUGUGAACCAUAUGAUGAUGAUCCAUAGCAUUGAUAUUGUGCCAUAUUUCUGUUCAAAACAUGUAUUUUUAGUAUGAUUUCAUAUUGUUUCCCCAUGAUAUACUAUUACAUGAUGAAAUUCCUGGGAUAAUGAACUUCUGUCUCAUGCAAGUUGAGAGAGGAAUGACAAUCUUUAUUUACAAGUAAAUUCAUUUCAAAUUUGAGAUAUCAAUUUUUGCAUAUAGUAGAAAUUUCUGAGGUGACGCUUGUACAUGUUUGUUGUUUUUCCUUAUUUCUUGCACACAGUUUGUUACUCUUGAUGAUUAUUGUAUUUAUCCCAUUGAUAGCUGCUUCUUAAUUUCUCCAUAAGGCACCUAGUUCUGCUCUCCAAUAUCCUUAAAUCUUAUUCAUCUUGAUCCAAUUUAUAUUUUUCUUUCAAUUGUUCUAGCCUGUAUACAGAACUUUGUGUAUGUAAAUACUAUUUUCCAGUAAAUCAAAGUUGUAUUGUACAUAUAUGUUGGUAAUGCACAUUUCCUUGCUUGUUACUGGAUAUCAGUGAAAGGGGCCAUUUUCAUGUACAUGUAACUCCAUCAAAAGACACUGACACUGUUAUCAAGACAAUAGGUCAAUAUCUCAUGAUAUAUCAUUAAAAAAGAUAAUAUAUGUGUGUAUAUACAGUGAUAUAAACUGGUACUGUACACUUUUUCUUAAAAUUGACUCAAGAGUGAAAAAGCACCGGCUAAAAUUGACAUUUUUUUAAAGUGACAGUUAAUGCUGAAUACAAAAAUGUCAAAAUAACAGAUAUUCAGGGAAAUUAUGAUGUUGAUAGUUACUACUUCCAGCAGCUUAAGCUCACCUGAUUUUGCAAAUGCAUUCACUGGUGUUAAGGAUAAGUUUGGGAGGUUAGCACAUGACAAUGUAUAUUUACUUGUUUUCACUGUGUCCUUAGGACUCAAAGAGGCACGAUCAUUUAUUGGCAAUCAGUAUUAGAUUUGUGUUAAUGUAUUUUUUUUAAUUGUUAUUGGGAGAUGGGAGAUAUGGGCCCCAUACCACAAAGGUUAGUGAAUAAUCACUAAAUGAAAUGGCCUAUCAAAAUCGUCGUCACAUGCAAAGUUUGCUCAGUAGACUGACUAGGAACCAAUCAGAAUUGUUCUUUCAUAUUAGCGAUCAAUCGCUAACCUUUGUGUUAAGGGACCCAGGGCCCUAUAUACAAUAAAGAGGUAAAGUUAAUAUUCAUAGUUGAUUGUAAAUUUUGGACCUGGUUUGCCAAAGAUGUUGUGUCAUUGGGGUGAUGCAAGAAAGUAUUUGCAAUCAGUUGUAUUUUUAUUUCUGCUGCAAAUUUAUGAUUGAUAUUUAACUAGAGCCAAAUGGAAUUUUUCUGUUUUUAACAAGAAGCAGACCAGCAAUUAUGAUAAAUUUGCAACUAAUUCCAAGACAAGUGAUAGAUUUGGGGGACCCAAAAUUGGCUUGCAAUCGAUUGAAUGUUUCUUGCAACACUCCAAUAGAUGUGUUUGUUAUGGUUGAUGGUACGAUCAAUUUUAAACAUACCUCAAUGGUGAACAGACUGGUAUAUCAUUGUAUUGCUGCUUGCUGUAUGUUCUUUUUAAUGAAAUUAUUCCAUUCCUUGCUGAUGUUAGUUCUUUCAUUGUACUGACCGACUUUUCUGCUCUUUUGAUUGUGUUUAGUAUUAAAUAAAUAGUCUUGUUUCUUA